AUGUCGACUGGCCUCAAAAUCCUGACUCUUCUGGCUCUUUGCACCGUCGUCACGGCAAAAAUUUGGACAAUCAAUGGUGAGUUUUGGUUUUUUGAAGUUGUGGGAAGUUUAGAAUGUUGAAGAAGUUAGGAGAAGUUGGGAGAUGUUCGAAAUUUGACAUUUUGGAAGUUCAGAAGUUAGACGACGUUAGCAAAAGUAAGAAGAAGUUAGAAGAAGCUAGAAAAAGUGAGAAGAAGCUAGAAGACGUUAGAAGAGGUUGAAAGAAGAAGCUAGAAGAAGGUAGAAGAAGGUAGAAGAAGCUAGAAGAGGCUAGAAGAGGCUAGAAGACGUUAGAAGACGUUAGCAGAAGUAAGAAAAGCUAGAAGAAGCUAGAAGAGGUUAGAAGAGGUUAGAAGAGGUUAGAAGAAGUUAGAAGACGUUAGAAGAAGUUAAAAGAAGCUAGGAAAAGCCAGGAGAAUCUAGACGACGUUAGAAGUACUUAGAAGGAACUAGAAGAGGUUAGAAGAGGUUAGAAGAGGUUAGAAGAAGUUAGAAGACGUUAGAAGAAGUUAAAAGAAGCUAGGAAAAGCCAGGAGAAUCUAGACGACGUUAGAAGUACUUAGAAGGAACUAGAAGAGGUUAGAAGAGGUUAGAAGAGGUUAGAAGAAGUUAGAAGACGUUAGAAGAAGUUAAAAGAAGCUAGGAAAAGCCAGGAGAAUCUAGACGACGUUAGAAGUACUUAGAAGGAACUAGGAGAAGCUAGAAGAGGUUAGAAGAGGUUAGAAGAGGUUAGAAGAAGUUAGAAGAGGUUAGAAGAAGUUAGAAGAAGCUAGGAAAAGCCAGGAGAAUCUAGACGACGUUAGAAGACGUUAGAAGAAGCUAGAAGACGUUAGAAGACGUUAUAAGAAGCUAGAAGAAGCUAGAAGACGUUAGCAAAAGUUAGAAGACGUUAGAAGCUUGGAAGCUCAGAAGUUCAGAAGUUAGAAGACGUUAAAACUUCAGAGAGCUUUCCAAAAUUUAAAAAAAAAAUGAUUUUUUUUAGUACGAUAUGAUGAGGAUAGCGACAUCAACAGGAAGGAGUUCGAUGAAGCUAAGGAACUUGGUUUGUUUGACCUUGAGAACCCUAGAGUGGUUCCUAUAGGGGUACUUUAAAGUUCCUCUCAAGGGACCACUUAGCCUCUCAAUGUAGGGUAAAACUCGAGAAAGGGGCCCCUACAGGGGAGAAUGCUGGUUUUUAUUCUUAUCGUAUUUUCCAUUUUACAAUCAUAAAGAAAAAUUUAGAAACCCCUAGAGGGACCACUUGAGUUUUAGAGACUUAGGAAAAGAUCCGAAACCCCUCUGGAGGCUAGAUUGAAACACUGUAGGGAGCACUUUUUGUCCCCCAGAGGGCUCUUUUUUUGCUAGAUCUCUUUAGGGCCCACUCUGGCGUUCAUGAACUGUUCAAAAUGACCUAUGUUGCCUAGCGAACCUGGAAAAGGACCUGAAAGAGCUGAAAGAAUCUGGAAUCGCCCAAUCUUCCUACGAAGCCGUGGAGAAGGUCUUCAAGAAGCAUUAUGUGAGCUGAAAAAGUUUCAGCAGAAGAAAAUAUUAAUUGCUUUUCAGGAGCUCCGGAAGCAGAACCCCACGUUGAGCGAUGAGGAUUUUAUUGGCAAAUUUGGAGAACAACUGGUCAAAGAGCUCGCCGACGCCGUUAACACCCUUCCAGAUAACGAUCGGGUCUCUUAUUCCGAAGAUUUAUGGAAGACAAUUCCAAGGAUUUUAGAAGAUUGUCCUCGAUCACAUCGCGAAACGACUCGGGUCUCCGAAACUGAGGAAGUUCCGUCAUUACUUUUCGAAACCCCUUGUCAAGAGCCAAGGGUACAACGGAGCAGAAAUCACGGGUUUAAUCAGCUUUUUCCUAUCAAGGACGGUCAUUUUAUUAUGCGCAUUUUCUGAAAUCGGUCAGAAUAUGGACCAGAAAGUCCUAUCCCCCCCUAAGUUACCCCUCAAACCCCCGCCCCCUUAAUUACCUCUCAAACCCCUCCCUUUACCGCUUGACCCCCAAGCUUCUGAACGUCUUAGCCCGUGAAGACUGUGACGUUAUUAUAGUGGCCAGUAGAACGCAUAAUAGCGACUUCUAUAGAGGUGAUUUUAGGGGCCACUUGAGGGAUUCGACGUUUAAGUGGACAUUAUAGUAGUCUAUCUAGUGCUGGCCUUUUAGAAGUCUAAGUGGUACUACUAGACCAUUAAAUACUGCUAUAGCGGCCACUUUAGUGUCCUUUUCAAGUUGUCCUUAAGUAACCUCUCAAGUGGUCACUAGAGUUCUUUCUAGUAACCUAAGCGUAAAGUGAAAUGACCGCCCUUGUAAGGUGUUUUUUUGAUACUCCCAAGCGCAAGUAGCUUAAAAGUCGGACGAAACCUUUUUCUAGCUGGGAGAAUAAGAACUCUGAAAGAAAUGAAGGAAGCUGGAGUCACUCAACCCGCCCUCGACGCGCUGGACAAGUUGGGCAGGAAAUAUCAAGUGAAACUGAUUUUUAUUAACCCAAAAAAUGGUUCAACCCCAGGAAAUCUACAAACAGAACCCGACCCUCACCGAGGAGGAGUUCUACGCGAAGUUCGGUUCGCAAAACUUUGAGGAGUUCUUCCGACUCGCGGCUACUUUUUCUCAAAGUGACAGGGUUCGUUUUUCAUCAAAGAAGCUUCAAAAUGAAAUUUGCGUAAUUCAGACCAAAGUCGGCCGGAUCGUCGGCCUGAAACUGUCCCGCAGAAUCGCGAGAUCCAAGUCUCCUCGACGCUUCUGA